GGGCGCCGCUCCGGGGAGCGCCCCGUGACGGCCCGCGAGGAGGACGAUGAGCUGCCCGACGCCAUCGACGACCGGGAGAUCUUCGAUCUCAUCCGCUCCAUCAAUGACCCCGAGCACCCGCUCACCCUGGAGGAGCUGAACGUCGUCGAGCAAGUGCGAGUGAAAGUGAACGAUGCCGAGAGCACGGUGUCGGUGGAGUUCACGCCCACCAUCCCGCACUGCAGCAUGGCCACGCUCAUCGGCCUCUCCAUCAAGGUCAAACUGCUCCGCUCCCUGCCCGACAGGUUCAAGCUGGAUGUUCAUAUAACACCAGGAACACAUGCCUCUGAGCACGCAGUUAAUAAACAGCUCGCUGAUAAAGAACGUGUGGCAGCUGCUUUGGAAAACUCUCACCUGCUGGAAGUGGUGAAUCAGUGUUUGUCUGCUCGGUCAUAAUGGCCUGGUGAGGAAAUCAUUGGUAUUCUGAUCUGUUAAAUGGUUUUGUAUAUAAGUGAUGAUGUUGCAAUUUACAUAAAUCUAUGAGCAAAAUAAAAUCACUGAAAUUCUCUUGAGGAAACGUUUCUUUGCUUUUUCAGAAAAUGCUGUAUGGGGAGUUAACUUACAGGCAGCUACAA